AUGAUAAAUUCUUGUGCUGUUGAAAACAUUGAUGGUAGACAGCAAACGGCUGGAGGCCAAAAUUUUAUUCGUCCACCGAAAUACGCCGCUCUUAGUGAUGCGUGUUAUAUUGCUGAGUUGGUUGAAAACCGAAAGCCUGACCAAGAGGAGUUGGAAAGCUGCAACAUUAAGUUGGUUGGGAAAUGUGUCAAUACAUUGGCUGCUGAAGAGAUGGGCUGA